AUGUUUCCAGGGACACCCAAGACCGAGAAUGCUGCGACGGCCGACCUCAACGGUGGAAUUUGGAGUUAUGCUAAGCGAGUUAACGAGGAAGCGAUUCAAAAAGAUGAUUGUGUGGUAUGCCUUAGUUCUCUGGACGAAGAUGGAGAACCAAAAGAAGUCUGUGAGUUACCAUGUGGUCAUCAGUAUCAUGUGUUUAUUCGCAAUCCAAACAGUAAAAAAUGUUGCCCUCUGUGUUGUAAAUACUUCGAAAUUCCUCUGGGUGACCAACCACGAGAAGCACAAAUGUUCAUCAACAAGAAUUACCACUUGAAACUACCAGGUCACGAAGACAGCGAGUUCACUUAUGAGAUCUUCUAUACGGUUCCACACGGGGUACAAGAAGCGAGUCACAUCCGACCCGGAAAGCUUUUUACGGGUACACAAAGAAGAGCUUUCGUGCCUGGUACUUCUGAAGGAACUCAGGUAAUGCGACUACUGAAGUUUGCCUUUGAUCGCCGUCUUGUGUUCACGGUUGGAGAUUCCAUAACAACAGGCCAAAAAAACGUUGUGGUAUGGAACAACAUACAUCACAAGACGAAUGUCACAGGAGGACCGCAGAAGUACGGGUACCCUGAUCCCGACUAUCUCAUGAGAGUCAAGGAAGAUCUAGCCGCUAUGGGCAUUACCGAGGACAUGGUUCCGCCAGAUAUCACCUUUUAA